GCCAGCGCGGCGCGCGGCGAGACGCGGAAAAGGAACAACCAAACAGCGCAGAGCAGAGCAGAGGGAGGGAGCAGGGAGCAGUAGAGCUGUAGAGGCGCGGAGAGAGAGAGAGAGAGAGACGGGAGCAUGGAGGCGGCGGCGGCGGCGAAGACGAGCGUCGUGUGCGUGACCGGCGCAGGAGGGUUCGUCGCCUCGUGGCUCGUCAAGCUCCUCCUCUCCAACUCCAAGGCCCACUACUCCGUCCGCGGCACCGUGCGCGAUCCCGGUGAUGCCAAGAAUGCUCAUCUCAAGGUGCUAGAAGGUGCUGAAGAAAGGUUGCAGCUGGUCAAGGCUGACCUUUUGGACUACGACAGUGUAGCGGCGGCGAUUGCCGGCUGUGAGGGCGUCUUCCAUGUCGCCUGCCCUGUCCCCUCCGGCCGAUCAACCGACCCAGAGACAGAGAUCAUAGCUCCUGCUGUAACAGGCACACUGAAUGUACUGAAGGCCUGCCACGAGGCAAAAGUUAAGCGAGUAGUCAUGGUGUCUUCCGGUGCUGCAGUGGUCGCUAAUCCUAACUGGCCCAAGGGCAAAGCCUUUGAUGAAGAGAGCUGGUCAGACGAGGACCACUGCAGAAAGAAUGGGGAUUGGUAUUACCUUUCCAAAACACUAGCGGAGCGCGAGGCUUUUGCUUAUGCAGCAAAAACUGGGUUGGACAUUGUAACUAUUUGCCCAUCAUUGGUAAUUGGACCCUUGAUACAGUCUAGAGUAAAUUCGAGCAGUAAAGUUCUCCUUAAUUAUUUGAAAGGAGAACAUGAUACUGUAGAAAAUAAAAGCAGGGAUAUAGUGGAUGUUCGUGAUGUUGCCGAUGCUAUUCUUCUGGCAUAUGAGAAUCCAGAGAUGUCCGGACGGUACAUAUGUAAUUCACCUGCAAUAAGAGUCUCUGAUAUGAUAAAUAUACUGGAGACUUUAUAUCCAACCUACAUAUAUCCCAAAAGCAUUACGGAAGUGGAAGACAAUCUUAUUUAUAGUUCAGAGAAACUUCAGAAGCUAGGGUGGACCUUCAGGCCUGUAGAGAAGACCCUCGGAGACAGUGUCGAAUCCUACAAAGCUUCUGGCAUCCUGAACUGAGCAUCCAAUUGGGACAAGCCUGGCUGUUGAUCCUCGCAAAUUAUUUCUGAUUCAUGUAAGCAGUGAAACAAAAUAAGUUGGUGAGUGGUGACGCAGUCAUGAAGAGAAUCAUGUUAGCACCAAAAACAAAUAAUAAGUACUUGAGAAUUUCUUUUGGGAGUUUGGAAAUCCUUCAAGCAAAGUAGUAGAUUGCUGCACUGUCCUGAUGUUUCUAUGAGUGCCUUGUUGCACAUUAUGCUCAGUUGAUCAACUGCUGGAGCAUGUGAAGAGCCAUACCACAGUCAUGGUUGUAGAACGAGGGGAGCAUAUAUACAGCAUUGCCAACUGAUGCAUCGCAUGUUACCGAGGCUACUGCUGAGGAUAGAAGAUCCUCAUAUGAACUUGCAACCAAUUCAAUACGGAAUGCAUUUACACGUAUUCUUGCAAGUAUAUUGAUGUACCAUUGUUUGGUCAAAA